CGGGAGCGGCGGCCGCGCUGAAGAGGGCCAAGAUGGCGGCUGCGGCGGCUUCGCUUCGCGGGGCGGUGCUGGGCCCUCGGGCCGCGGGGCUGCCCGGCGCGCGCGCCCGGGGUCUGCUGUGCGGCGCGCGGCCCGGGCAGCUCCCGAUGCGGACGCCUCAGGCAAUGCCCUUGUCGUCGAAGUCUGGCCUGUCCCGGGGCCGGAAAGUGAUGCUGUCAGCGCUGGGCAUGCUGGCGGCGGGGGGUGCAGGCCUGGCUGUGGCUCUGCAUUCUGCCGUGAGUGCCACCGACCUCGAGCUGCACCCUCCCGGCUAUCCGUGGUCCCACCGCGGCCUCCUCUCUUCCCUGGACCACACCAGCAUUCGGAGGGGUUUCCAGGUAUAUAAGCAGGUGUGCUCCUCCUGCCACAGCAUGGACUAUGUGGCCUACCGCCACCUGGUGGGCGUGUGCUACACUGAGGAGGAAGCCAAGGCCCUGGCCGAAGAGGUGGAAGUUCAGGACGGCCCCAAUGAGGAUGGGGAGAUGUUCAUGCGACCAGGGAAGCUGUCUGACUACUUCCCCAAACCGUACCCCAACCCUGAGGCUGCCAGAGCAGCCAACAACGGAGCACUGCCCCCUGACCUCAGCUACAUCGUGCGAGCUAGGCACGGUGGUGAGGACUACGUCUUCUCCCUGCUCACGGGCUACUGCGACCCGCCCACCGGGGUGUCACUACGGGAAGGCCUCUACUUCAACCCCUACUUCCCUGGCCAGGCCAUUGCCAUGGCCCCUCCUAUCUACGACGAGGUCUUGGAGUUUGACGAUGGCACCCCAGCUACCAUGUCCCAGGUAGCCAAGGACGUGUGUACCUUCCUACGCUGGGCAUCUGAGCCAGAGCACGACCAUCGCAAACGCAUGGGGCUCAAGAUGUUGAUGAUGAUGGGCUUGCUGCUACCCCUGAUCUACGCCAUGAAGCGGCACAAGUGGUCAGUCCUGAAGAGCCGGAAGCUGGCUUAUCGGCCACCCAAGUGACCCUGACUAGUGUCUGCUUGCUGUACUGCUUGAAUGGGCCCUCAAGCCAGGAAGCUAGCUGGGGCCCCUUGAGGCCCCAGCUGGCCCUCUUGGCAAAGCCCCUCUUCUUCUGGGACAAGAGGGGAUGGGGCAGGAGACAGGGCUCGAGCUCCUUGUCCUCCAGCCUCUAUCAUGGAAAUAAAUUAAGUUUCUCAGUGGA